CAUGACUUGCUGAAAAGAGAGAAAAUGCUAUGCUGGGGUUACUCAUCUUUUGGACAGCCUGGGAUAGGUAGCAACCUCCAGGUCAUCAUUCCUGAACCACGGGUGUAUGGAUUCAUUCACGAUAGAAAUGUCAAGGAGGUGGCAUGUGGAGGAAACCACUCUGUAUUCCUGUUGGAAGAUGGGGAAGUGUAUGCUUGUGGCUUGAACACCAAAGGCCAACUGGGGCAUGACUGUGAAGGAAGCAAACCAGAGCAAAUUGAAGCCCUGGCUGGGCAGCACAUUGUGCAUGUGGCUUGUGGAGAGUCUCACAGCGUGGCGCUCAGUGACCAGGGCCAACUCUUCUCCUGGGGUGCUGGCAGUGAUGGGCAGUUGGGCCUCACCACUAUUGAAGAUGCAGUGAUGGCACCAAGGUUGAUAAAGAAACUGAACCAACAGACAAUACUGCAGGUUUCCUGUGGAAAUUGGCAUUGCCUGGCUUUGGCAGCAGAUGGUCAGUUCUUCUCCUGGGGGCAGAACAGCUAUGGUCAGCUGGGGUUGGGAAAAGAAUGUCCCUCCCAAGCCAGUCCGCAACGUGUCAAGUCUCUUGAUGGGAUCCCUUUGGCUCAGGUUGCUGCAGGUGGAGCCCACAGUUUUGCCCUCUCUCUUUCUGGAGCUGUGUUUGGCUGGGGGAAGAACAGCUCAGGACAACUGGGACUAAGUGAUGAACGAGACCGAGAAUCCCCUUGUCAUGUGAAGCUGUUGCGAUCUCAGAAGGUUGUGUACAUCAGCUGUGGAGAGGAACACACAGCAGUUCUGACAAAGAGUGGAGGGGUGUUCACGUUCGGUGCAGGUUCCUGUGGGCAACUGGGACAUGACUCCAUGAAUGAUGAAGUGAACCCCCGAAGAGUUCUUGAGCUAAUGGGCAGUGAAGUAUCCCAGAUUGCUUGUGGCAGACAUCACACAUUAGCCUUUGUGCCUUCUUCAGGAAUGAUCUAUGCAUUUGGCUGUGGAACAAGAGGCCAGCUGGGAACAGGGCACACUUGCAAUGUUAAGUGUCCCUCUCCUGUCAAGGGUCACUGGGCAGCUCACAACGGGCAACUCUCAGGGAAGCCUGAUGACUGUAAAUAUCAUGUUGUUAAACAUAUCUUCUCUGGAGGAGACCAAACAUUUGUGCUUUGCUCCAAGUAUGAGAAUUCCUUGCCUGCUGAUGAUUUCCGGACCAUAAAUGAAACACGUUACACCUGUUCAAUAAAUGAUGAAACUAUAGAUGUCUGGAGGCAGAAGCUUUUAGAAAGGAACAGUUCUAAUUCUGUCAACAAUGUUGUUCAGAUACUGUCUUCAGCUGCCUGCUGGAAUGGAAGCUUCUUGGAGAAGAAAAUCGAUGAACAUUUUAAAACCAGUCCAAAGAUUCCAGGGAUUGAUCUGAACUCCACCAGAGUGCUGUUUGAGAAGCUGAUGAACUCUCAGCACUCCAUUCUCCUAGACCAGAUACUGAAGAGCUUUGAAAGUUUUUUGAUUCCACAGCUGUCCAGCUCACCACCAGAUGUGGAGGCAAUGAGGAUCUAUCUGAUUCUCCCUGAAUUCCCACCCUUUCAGGAUUCCAAGUAUUACAUCACCCUAACACUUCCUCUUGCAAUGGCUAUCCUGCGUCUAGAUACCAACCCCAGCAAAGUUCUUGACAACUGGUGGUCUCAAGUGUGCCCAAGAUAUUUUCUCAGGCUAGUGAACCUCUAUAAAGGUGCAGUGGUGUACCUCCUCAGUGGAAGAAAGACACUGUUGAUCCCAGUCUUGUUCAGCAGCUACAUUACAGCUGCUCUCAGACUUUUGGAAAAACUGCACAAGGUAAAUCAGAAGGUUAAACAUGUAGAAUAUGAUAAGUUUUAUAUCCCUGAGAUUUCUAGCUUGGUGGAUAUUCAGGAGGAUUAUCUCAUGUGGUUCUUACAGCAAGCUGGAAUGAAAGUAAGACCAUCUAUCAUGCAGGAUGCUGUGACACUCUGUUCUUAUCCUUUCAUCUUCGAUGCUCAGGCUAAGACCAAAAUGUUACAGACAGAUGCUGAACUACAAAUGCAGGUUGCAAUAAAUGGUGCCAAUUUGCAGAACGUCUUUAUGCUUCUCACCCUGGAGCCUCUGCUGGCCAGAAGCCCCUUCCUGGUACUUCAUGUUCGAAGGAGUAACUUAGUUGGUGAUGCUUUGAGGGAGUUGAGCAUCCAUUCAGACAUUGAUUUGAAAAAGCCUCUCAAAGUCAUCUUUGAUGGUGAGGAAGCUGUUGAUGCUGGAGGAGUGACCAAAGAAUUUUUCCUCCUGUUGUUAAAAGAACUUCUCAACCCCAUCUAUGGCAUGUUCACUUACUACCCAGAGUCAAACCUGUUGUGGUUUUCAGACACGUGUUUUGUAGAACACAACUGGUUUCACCUGAUUGGCAUCAUAUGUGGUCUUGCAAUAUACAACUUCACAGUGGUAGACCUUCACUUUCCAUUGGCUCUGUACAAAAAACUCUUGAAUGUGAAGCCCUGCCUAGAGGAUUUGAAGGAGCUGUCACCUACAGAAGGAAGGAGUCUUCAGCAACUUUUAGAUUAUCCUGGGGAAGAUGUGGAAGAGACAUUCUGCUUGAAUUUUACAAUCUGCAGGGAAAGCUAUGGUGUGACAGAGCAGAGGAACCUCAUUGAAGAUGGAGAUAAAAUUUUGGUACAGAAGGACAAUAGGAAAGAAUUUGUUGAAGCCUAUGUACAUUACAUCUUCAACCUCUCCAUCCAUGAGUGGUAUACAGCCUUUUCCACUGGCUUCCUGAAAGUGUGUGGUGGGAAAGUCCUGGAACUCUUCCAGCCCACAGAGCUCAGGGCCAUGAUAGUUGGAAACAGUAACUACAACUGGGAGGAACUGGAGGAGAGUGCUGUCUAUAAGGGAGACUACACUGCCACACACCCGACUGUGAGAAUGUUUUGGGAAACCUUUCAUGCAUUUCCCUUGGAAAAGAAGAAGAAAUUUCUCUUGUUCCUGACAGGCAGUGACCGCAUUCCCAUCUAUGGCAUGUCCAGUCUGCGCAUUGUCAUCCAGUCCACGGCUAGUGGUGAGCAGUACCUGCCUGUGGCACACACCUGCUACAACCUCCUGGACCUGCCCAAGUACAGCAGCAAGGAGAUCCUCAGUGCCCGGCUGGUGCAAGCCAUUGAUCACUACGAGGGCUUUAGUUUAGCCUGA